ACCUGAUGUACCAGCUGGAUGUCUUGGUGGCGUUACUGCUCUUAGAGUUUAACUGGCCGGGGUCCAACCAUAAGAGGUGAGACACCUCAGUGGAUGGGUCACUGUGCCAAUGAGGUUGCUACAAACAGACACUGUGACUCUGCUUCUCUCAGCGACCGUCAAAGGCUACGCUGUGUGCAAAUCUGAAUGCACAACAGGAAUCCACAGGAACCCUGGGGGCACAGAAAGGUUCUGACAGAAGGUGCAAAUUCCACUUCCUUUGGAGAAUUGUCAUUUCCCUCCAAAAGCUGGUGGGCUUCUCUGGAGGGGUCAUGGAGUCUUCUGGAAGAUGUAGUGUCUGCUGGAGUGUUGAACAGUUAGUGAAGAAUUUCUGCUGUAAUGAGGGGAAUGAGCCUGUUAAGUUACAGGUUUUGGCAGAACUGCAGUGAUUUGUAUUGACAUGAAUAAGUGUUUGUGCAGUUGUGAAGUGGACUGAGUGAGGAUAUGGACUCACACCGAACCAGAACGUUUUUCCCUGGUGCUAAAUGGAUCAGUGUCCCAGGUGGGGUUCCCAGCUCUCACAGGAGGAGGUCACGGAGUUGAUGAGGAGCUGCUGGGAAUCAGGAGCUGCCUGGACCACAAUGCCCUACCCUGCUCCUGGCCUUGGGAAGUUGUGAGCUGCUCAUGUCCAUAAGGAGGAAGGAUGGCUCAUGGAAUUCCUUCACAAGGCAAAGUUACCAUAACAGUGGAUGAAUACAGCUCCAACCCAACGCAGGCAUUUACACACUACAACAUCAACCAGAGCAGGUUCCAGCCUCCACAUGUGCAUAUGGUCGACCCUAUCCCAUAUGACACUCCAAAACCAGCGGGCCACACGCGAUUUGUCUGCGUCUCAGACACGCACUCCAGAACAGAUGGCAUCCAGAUGCCUUAUGGGGACAUCCUUCUCCACACGGGCGAUUUCACCGAACUGGGACUGCCCUCAGAGGUUAAGAAGUUUAAUGACUGGUUAGGAAAUCUACCAUAUGAAUAUAAAAUAGUGAUUGCUGGGAAUCAUGAACUGACAUUUGAUAAGGAAUUCAUGGCAGACCUUGUUAAACAAGAUUACUACCGCUUUCCCUCUGUGUCCAAAUUGAAACCAGAGGACUUUGACAAUGUUCAGUCACUCCUGACAAAUAGUAUUUACUUACAAGAUUCAGAGGUAACAGUUAAAGGAUUCCGAAUAUAUGGUGCCCCGUGGACACCGUGGUUUAAUGGAUGGGGCUUUAAUCUACCCAGAGGUCAGUCUUUGCUAGACAAGUGGAACCUUAUUCCUGAGGGAAUUGAUAUACUAAUGACACAUGGACCUCCCCUUGGUUUUCGAGACUGGGUUCCAAAGGAGCUGCAGAGAGUGGGUUGUGUGGAGCUGCUGAACACAGUGCAGAGGCGAGUAAGGCCCAAACUCCAUGUCUUUGGUGGGAUUCAUGAAGGUUAUGGCAUCAUGACAGACGGUUACACGACGUACAUCAAUGCUUCAACGUGUACAGUCAGCUUCCAACCAACCAACCCUCCAAUUAUAUUCGACCUUCCGACCCCUCAAGGAUCCUGAAGCACUACUGCACAUUUGGAACUGGGGAAGGUCUAUAAACUGCCAUUUUCUAAUUAUAAAACUUACAUUCAGUUACAUGUUUAUUUCGAAAGAGGG